AUGGGGGCCUCUCACAGGUGCAGGUCAUCCAUAAAACCUGAUUCCUGUAGCUCUCGAUCGUUUGUGGGAACGUUGUGGCUCCUCUCUGGGAUUAUGACUGCAUACGCUUGCCCUAAGAUCUGCCACUGCACAGAUAGGAACGGCGUGGUGGUGCAGUGCACUUCACAAAACUUGGAGAACAUCCCGCUGAACUUGCCCAAGGACACCGUUGUUCUCCUGCUUUCAUCCAACCGGAUCAGACACAUCCCAAAGGAGACCUUCACUGAGCUGCACCGCCUCAGGGAACUGGACUUAUCUCACAACGCCAUCGAGAGCGUGGAGGUCGGAGCCUUUCAAGGGAUAUCGGAUAGCCUGCGGACUUUGGAUCUUUCAAACAACCACCUCAGCAGCCUCCCCAAGGACACCUUCGCAAAACUCCACGCCCGUGUCCGGUUGUCCCACAACCCCUGGCACUGUGAGUGCUCUCUGCAGGAGGUGCUGAGUGAGCUGAGGCUCGACCCGGAGACGGUGAACGAGGUCAGCUGCUCCACCUCGGUGCAGGAGGAGUACGUGGGGCGGCCGGUGAUCCAGGUCCUGGACUCUGGCAUCAACUUUUGCAACUUCCACCACAAGACAACAGACGUGGCCAUGUUUGUGGCCAUGUUCUGCUGGUUCUCCAUGGUCACGGCUUACAUCGUUUACUACAUCAAACACAACCAGGAGGACGCCAGGAGGCACAUGGAGUACCUCAAGUCCCUGCCCAGCACUUCUCACGUCAGCAAGGACUACGACACAGCCAGCAGCAUGUUUUAG